AGGCAAUCGCAACAUUGGCUCGCUAUAUAUAGUUUGUCUUUGCUUCGAUAAUUUCCAUCUCACGCGUACGCACGUCCUCCAUCUCCAGCCGCUGCGUCUUGUCGCCGAGCCUGUCUCUCUCUCUCUAAGCCUGCUGCUGUGGGCUGUGGCAGAUGGAGCCCAUGAGGGUGCGCACGAGAAUUCCUAUCAUCUAGGAGGUCAUACAAGAUCGGGAGCCGGCCGACGGGCAGGAAUUCAUGGAACGAGGUGUACGGGAUUGGAUGCAAGGCCGGUUGCCGUUGAUCGACCAAGAACUCGACAUGCUGCAAAGACAACAAGAGGCUCGGCAGCACAUCUACCAUGAGGAUGAUGAUGAACCGUUCUGGCCGAGUUUGGCAGUCCCGGCCUCGCUCGACACCGUCCUGCAGCUGCCGGAGACAGCCGGCGCGCCAGCCGGAGCCCGGCUCCAGCAGACGGAGUGCGCCGUGUGCCUCAAGGAUUUCGAGGUGGACGACAAGGUCACCACGAUGCCGUGUGACCACUACUUCCACCAGGGUUGCAUCUCUGAGUGGCUCAAGGUCAGCUGCGUCUGCCCCCUCUGCCGUCACGCGCUUCCUGCUGCAACUCCACCGGCGCACCACAUGGAGGCCACAAGUCCAUGAUUGAUCAUCUUUUCAUCCUCCAUGAUCAAUUUUUCUGUUGGUGUCACUCUCCCUGCUUCAAGCCAAGAAGAAAAUUGAUCUUUUCAGUCCUCCAUGAUCAACUUGAAGCAGAGCGUAUCUUUUUUGUUUUUGAGAAAAAGCAGAGCGUAUCCUGAUCUGCUUCUAGAGCAACGUUGUGGCCUCUCUCUCUGUUUUUCUUUGAUGUAAAACUAAUGUCACUGAUGAUAUUGCGGUCCUUUUUCUGGGACUGUAUUCCUUGGUGUUGA